AUGUCCUCCCAGUUCCUUAAUCUUCGAGGCGAUCCAAUCCCCCAGGAGCAGGUCCUUGGAUAUGGAGGCUCGGCAGUCGUUCUGCUUCAAGAAGGCAUUGCCGUCAAAACCCCGUUACGGUAUCUUUGGAGCUCGGACUCCGAUGUCGAAGUGAACCUUGAUACUGUCCGACGCGAACAAGAUAUCUAUCGUCGUUUGCAAAGCGAUAAGGAUGACCGCUCCAAAGGCAUCGUCAGAUGUAUUGGGUUUUCAGCUGAGUCCACCCAACUGGCUUACAUGGCUAAUGGCGACCUUCGUGCUUAUCUCCAGAAGCACCGGCCGCCUCACGAGCUUCAACUCGCAUGGUUUCGGGAGAUGGCACGUACACUUUGCUAUAUACAUGACCAACGUGUGCUUGUUGCAGACAUCGCUGCUCGAAAUUUUCUCCUCGAUACAGAUCUGUCUGUCAAAAUCUGCGAUUUCACUGAGGCGUCUCUCCUGCCACUCGAGUGCAAUAUGGAGACCGUUGACGACAAUGGAUACACCACACAAAUCGACGUCGGCCUCCUUGGAACAGUCAUGUACGAAGUUAUGACAGGCACAAAGUGUAAGGUCGACCUCUUCGAACACAACUCUCCCGCCGACGGCAGAGCGCAUUGGCCGGAGAGGAAAUGUCUGCCGAGCACCGAGGGCCUUUGGCUCGAUCGGAUAGUUGAAGGCUGCUGGGACGGUGAAUUUCGCAGCGCGCACAGCCUCCUGCGAGCAUUGGAUUCCGUCGAUCUACAUCGUGCCUAUCCGGUCGAUCACACAUGUACGGCUUCCUUCCUUCAUUCUAUCGAGGAGUACACAAGAGAUCAACCAAUCACGAUCAUCAUUGGUGUCUUGGGCUUGACAAUGUUUACUUUUAUGAUCGGCAGGCGAGUGUUUCUGGUGCCGCUUUGCUUUUUUCGAUAUAGAACCUCGCAGACCAUUCUGGACCGGCCAACGCGGUAUAAAUAUGUCUUGGCUACUAGUAGCUGUCUGUUAUAG